AUGGCGUCUCAGGAGCAUCCGUCGUCAAGUUCUGCACCCCUGUCACCGUUGCCGUUGCCGGCUGCUCAGCUAGCGUCGCCGCUUCCUCCGCCACUCUUUAACGAGCCCUUCAUCGUGCCAGCAGCGCGCACCUCGCGCUUCGCGGCGCCCGUGGACCGCGUGGUGGGCGAGGCGGAGCUGCUCCGCCAAAUGCGCUCAUUGCUCGGCCCCUUCGCGUCCACAUCCCGUCUCCUGAACCACCUGCGCGCCGUGCGCGGUAAGGUUCACUGGGCGGUCAACCGAUACCUACGCGAAGAGCUCAUGACCGGCUCGUCCUGCCCGGAUUUCGCUCCUCGGCCCUUACCGCGCGAUUCGUACCGAUCGGCUUCUUCCGUGGAGAACUCCGCGCGUGGGAGGAGAGCGGAUGCAGCAGAUUCCGCAAGCGUAUCGGGAGAUGCGGGGUUUGCGGCUUCGGAAAGGGCUGAAGAUCCUGUCACGGGAACUGUAGAGGAUGGAUUAGAAGGUGCGACGGCGUUAGCGGGCUCGCCGUGCGCGGACCGGUCAACUUGGCCAACCCUAGACCCGCAGAUUAGGGCUCGCGCCGAGCUACCAGUUGCCGCCGCGCACGGCGUCGCAUCUCCCGACGACGCAGAGUUGUCGAGGCAAGGAUUCCCGGGCGCAGAAGCAGCCGUCGCAGAGCGCAGACCGGUGCCUUUAGAGGCGGACAGUAGAGACCUCACAUGUUCCGCCGCCGCUCCUCCCCCUUCCGCCAGCGGCGCAAGCAGCCGUGCGCGACCGUGCGCAUGCAUUCUCUCGUCGCUUUCCGCGUACGGUAACACGGUCGUCGCCGGCACGCCAGAUGCAGCGCUCACGGGCUGCGACGAGGUGUCCGCCGCAGGGCGGAAAGCAGGUGCGGCGGAAGAAGAGGACGCGCGGGGAAGGGGAUUGGGUGCGCUGACGUCUGCCGCUUCAAGCGUCAAGUCUGUGUCGCAGGUAUUGCCUGGAUUGUUGUCGCCGGUGUCGCCGGGUAUGUUGGCGGAAGGAGGGGUAGCGGUUCUAGAAAGCGCUGAUCGGCUGACAGCGGUCGGCGGCAGGCAGCAGGCGGUAGCGCUGAUGCCGCAGCUGCAGGAGCAGGCGGACGAAGGGGGCGCGGAUGACGCGGAGAAAGAGCGCCAGGGCGCAACAGAGUGGCCUGUGGAAGGGAAGACGGAGGGGCAGGGCGAAGGGGGCGGCGUGGGGACGGCGGAGUGGGAGAGUGUGCCUGAAGGGAUCUUGGAGUCGGUGUUUGCACGGCUGGCGUUUGAAGACCUGGCCGCCGUGCUGCUCACGUGCUCCGCGUGGCAGGCAGUGGCGCGCAGUGACUGCCUGUGGAAGCAGCUUCACUGGCUUUCUUCUAUCUUUCCCCCCUCCCUCGUCUUCCUUUUCUGCUCCGAUCUAGCAGUUUCUCCUGAAAAACAUUUCAACGCCAUGGCUGACACAGCACCCCCACAAUCCUCUCAGGAUGCACCCGCGCCCACUUCUACCCCUCCAGACUCUGCGCCUGGUGCGCCGGCUGCCGCCGCGGCUGCUCCGCCAGCCGCGCCAGGAGCGCCGCCCGUCGCACCCCCCGCGACAGCCCCCCCAGCUGCGCAGACCACUGGGGCACCGAUCGCGCUGUCUGACUUCGAUCAGGCGAAGCGCAAGGCGGAAGAGCUCGCGCAGAAGUUCCUCAACGCGGGAGGCGCGAAGCGAUCCAAGUUCGACGACGGGCCGCCCGCAGUCGUUGCCGCCGCCGUGGCUCCUCCCGGCGUGAGCGGCGCGAACGGCGGAGGCCCACCGGGUGGUGCGGCGAGCUUCGCGUCCGGUCCUCCCGGAUCGCAAGGUCCGCCUGGCUAUGGCGCCGGCGCGCAGCAGCAGAGCCAGCCUCCGCCGUACUACCAGCCCCCGCAGCAGGGAGGCGCAGCGCCUUACUACGACCAACAGGCCGCCGCUACGCAGUCGAAGAAGAUCGACGUGCCUAACACGCGGGUGGGGUUGAUCAUCGGCAAGGGCGGCGAGACGAUCAAGUACCUGCAGGCGCAGUCGGGCGCCAAGAUCCAGGUCACGCGCGACAUGGAGGCGGACCCGCGCGCGCCCACGCGCCCCGUCGAGCUCACGGGCACGCCCGAGCAGAUCGCGUCGGCGGAGCAGCUCAUCAAGCAAGUGCUCGAAGAGUCGGCUGCGGCCAGAGCGGCAGGAGGGGGAGGGGGAGGAGGCGGAGGGGGGUCGUACCCUGGAGCGCAGGGCGGAGGGGAGCCGGUGACGAUCAAGAUCCCCAACAACAAGGUCGGCCUCAUGAUUGGUCGAGGUGGAGAGACGAUUAAGAGCCUUCAGGCGCGCUCCGGUGCAAGGAUUCAGGUGCAGAGCGAUCGCGAGGUGGAGCCGGGGUGCACGGAGCGCAACGUGAUGCUGAUGGGCAGCAAGGCGCAGACGGACAUGGCGCAGGACCUCAUCAAAGAGGUCCUCGAUGACCCUCGAAGGUCAGGCCCCGGUGGUGGCGGAGGGGGAGGUGGCGGAGGGUACGGGGGGCAGCAGGGGGGUUACCGCUCAGGCCCGGGCGGCUGGCAGGGCGGAGGGGGCGGCGGAGGAUACCAGCAGCCGCCCCCAGGGCAGCAGCCGCAGCAGG